AUGACUGGUACUUCUGAAGAAACAGGAAUAGUGGAUGUGACUAUCAGAAAUGCUGAACUCGCUGAUCAGAGUGAGUUGAUCUCUCAGUUAAUGCAACGAAUUGCAGACAUGCAGGAAGAGCUUCAACAGACCAAAGAUCUGGCCAAACUGGCCAUUGCAUCGAAUGAACCCCCCCUUGAAACUAGAAGACCGCCUCCUCCUUUUCCAUCACUAAGUUCCCCAUUACCCAAUCAUUUCCCUACCCAUACCACAAGACCAAUCACUUCCACCCCUAAUCCUCAUACCAUUGAUUUAACUGUAUCCAAUGCUCCUUACGCCAGCACUUCCUACCAAACACCACCACCAUUACCAAAUCAGAACCAAGCACUUAACACUAAUCACUCCCAAAACUUCACACCAACCUACCAAAUCCCACCCCCAGCUACUGAUAAUCCAUGUGUUUUGCCUAGCCAGCCUGCAUACCCUUCCGUAACAUUCCAAACUCCACCAGCCUAUACAAUCCCUGAACCAUGUCCUAGCUUUCCCGUUCAGCCGGAGCUGGAUCACUAUGAAGAAAUGGAGAAGGAGUGGAGGUUGAGAGAAGAAAAACGUGAACAAGAAAUGAAUAUCAUGAAGGAUGCCAUCUCCGAGGCAGUAAAAAGUGUCCAAUCUUCGAGGAAGAUAACAGGACUUGAGUAUGAGGACCUUUGCAUGCACCCUGACUUGGAAAUACCCGAAGGUUACAAAAUUCCAAAAUUUGAAACCUUCAAUGGUAUUGGGAACCCUAUGGCUCACCUACGAGCUUAUUGUGAUAAACUCGUGGGUAUCGGGAAAAAUGAUGCAUUGAUUAUGAGGUUGUUUAGUCGAAGCCUCAGCGGGGAGGCAUUAGAAUGGUUCACAUCUCAAGAACUUCGUCAGUGGUCUACAUGGGGUGCUCUGGCCAAAGAUUUCUUGGAGAGAUUCCAAUUUAAUGUCGAAGCUGUCCCUGACCGAUAUUAUUUGGAAAAAAUCAAGCAAAAGUCCACGGAGGACUAUCGUGAAUAUGCGUGCCGCUGGAGGAAAGAAGCUGCAAAGGUACAACCUGUGAUGACUGAAAAUGAAAUAACGUCUGCUUUUAUUCGAGCUCAAGAGCCUGAGUAUUAUGAAAGGAUGUUGCCUAUGAUGGGACAAAAGUUUUCGGAGUUGAUCAGAAUGGGAGAAGCAAUAGAAGAUGGCCUCAAGUCUGGAAAGGUUACAAGUCUCACUGCCUUGCAGGCCGCCAAUAAAUCCUCACCAUCCGUGGCCACAGGAUUCGCUAGGAAAAAGAAAGAGGACGUGUCUGCUGUAUCUUUUAGCCCGAGGCCAAGGCCGCAAAGGUAUUUUGGGUCUGGUUCUGCCAUUGGAAACUCCAACCGAUUCCCCACCUCAAAUAUUUACCCACCAUCUCCACAAGCUCCAAUCCCAAUCUACUAUGCACAACAGAACUACCAAGCACCACCGCCCAUCUACCAAAACCAACCACUAACCUACCAAAAUACACUACCAAAUCACCAAGCCAAUGCACCAGUCUACCAAAAUCCCGGACAAAACAACUCAAAUGCCAACAAUCUACCCCGUCCUAACCUCGAAAGAAAGCCUCCCAGAGUUUUCACUCCUUUGGCAGAAACACGUACUCAACUCUUUGAGCGUCUAAGAGCGGCAGGAUUGAUCCAACCAGUAGACGCAAGGGCAAUUAAUCCCACAACAAAGUUCUUCCGCGCAGAUCAACGUUGUGCGUACCAUUCAGGAGGGGCAGGGCAUGAUACAGAAGGAUGUAUCAAUCUGAAACAUAAGAUUCAAGACUUGAUCGAUAACAGGGUCAUCACUCUCCAAGCCCCUGCCCCCAAUGUGAACCUUAACCCAUUGCCGAAUCAUGGAGGAGCUACCAUCAACAUGAUUGAAAAAGACGAAGAUUGGUUUACUAAUGGGACUAUUGGUGAAGCAGUUGCCAACUCACUCAUACCAACAGUGGCCUCAUUGACCAUAAAGGCCCGUCCAGAGUUUGUUGUAAUAACUGCACCUCAUCAGGCAUUUGCUUCGGUGAAGGAAAUAAGCAAUGAACAGUCCAAAGAAAAGUUUGUCGUGCAGGCGGCUACCGCACAAGGGAUGACACGCUCUGGAAGAUGCUACAUUCCAGAAGAACUAACUCAGGAGACACGAAGAAAGGAGAACCAGAAAAGGCCGAUCACAGAAGGUGAGGCUGAAGAGUUUUGGCGAAGAAUGCAGCCUAAGGAGUAUUCCAUUGUCAAGCAUUUGGAGAAGACUCCCGCUCAAAUUUCUGUUUGGGCUCUAUUAAUGAGUUCUGAGUACCAUCGAAAAGCACUGUUGAAGGUACUUGAUGAAGCAUACGUGCCGACAGGAACAAGUGGUGAAAAUCUGGCCACCAUGGUAAGUCAUGUCAUUGGGAGUCAUCAAAUCUCUUUCCGAGAAGAAGAGUUGCCACUCGAAGGGGUUAUGCACAACCGUGCCUUAUAUAUCACUGUCAAAUGCAGGGACAAGUUUGUAGCGCGAGUAUUGAUUGAUAAUGGCUCAGGACUUAAUAUCUGCCCAUUAUCAACCCUUACUCAGCUAAAUUAUGAUGUAGGGAAAAUCCGUCAAAGCCGCAUGAAUGUAAGGGCGUUUGAUGGUUCGCAAAGAGAGACCAUGGGAGAAGUAGACUUGUGUAUCCAAAUGGGGCCUGCAGAAUUUGUCACUGAAUUCCAGGUGAUGGGUAUAUCUACAAGUUACAACUUAUUGCUAGGAAGACCAUGGAUCCAUGCUGUUGGAGCAGUUCCAUCCACAUUGCAUCAACUUUUGAAGUUCAUCUGGGAGGGCCAUGAAAUUGUCAUCCAUGGUGAAGGGAGUAAUCAUAGUUACCCUGGUUUCUCCAUUCCAGUUAUUGAAGAGUCUUCUCAGGGUACUGACUUUCACAUGGUGGAGAUAAUGAAUGCUGCUUUUGAAGACACGACACUGCAAGUACCAAUGCCGCCAGUGUAUAAAAUGUUAGCUGCAACUAUGCUGAGAAGUGGUUUUGAACCUGGGCGUGGGUUAGGCAAGAAUUUGGAUGGCAUAUCCGAACCUCUUCCCAUACCACUUCAAAAUUUCCGAUUCGGUAUCGGUUAUGCCCCAACAGGGGAAGAAUUGUUUGAAGCAGAAAUAAGGAAGAAACAUGACUGUGAUAUACCGAAGCCUAUUCCAGUAUUGUACCAGUCAUUUGUUGCUAAAGCUUUAGAGCCUGAGAUUGAUGGUCUAGUGGAAGGGAUGGGAAGAUUGUUUGAUGAAGAAGAUUGUGCUGUGAUCUCGGCAGAAUGCACAACAACACCCACCAUUCGAGAUGCCGAUCCUGGAGAGAUGCUGCAGAAUUGGAUGGCCACUCCACUUAUGAUCCAUCGAAUGGCUUGUAAAAAUGAAUAUAAACCUGCCAAUGUCAUGACAUGUCACGAACACGGCGAACCAAGUAAGGUCGAUGACGAUGAGUGUGAAGAAUAUGAUGAGGAAACUAUGAUGCCUGAACACCUUACCGAGGACUUGAGGCAACUUGAAGACGAUAAAAAGCCCAACCUGGAUGAAACAGAGACAGUAAACUUGGGAGAUGACGAGUCGAUAAGAGAAACCCGAGUCAGUGUUCAUUUGGCAGCAACAGAAAGAGAAGAAUUGGUCAAGCUGCUCAGACAAUACAUCGAUGUGUUUGCCUGGUCUUAUGAUGAUAUGCCAGGGUUAAGCACUGAUAUUGUUUCCCAUAAGCUGCCUAUCAAUUCAGAGUACUGCCCAGUAAAACAGAAAACCAGAAAGUUCAAACCCGAUCUGAGUUUAAGGAUAAAAGAGGAGGUCAUGAAGCAGAUCGAAUCAAAAGUCGUUGAAGUGACCAAGUAUCCCACAUGGUUGGCUAACAUUGUUCCAGUGGCAAAGAAAGAUGGAAAAAUCAGGAUAUGCGUGGAUUAUCGGGAUCUCAACAAAGCAAGUCCGAAGGAUAAUUUCCCUUUGCCAAACAUCCACAUACUCAUCGAUAAUUGCGCUAAGCAUGAGCUGCAAUCUUUUGUAGAUUGCUUUGCGGGAUACCACCAGAUUCUAAUGGAUGAAGAUGAUGCAGAAAAAACAGCAUUCAUCACACCUUGGGGAGUCUACCAUUAUCGAGUGAUGCCGUUCGGCCUCAAGAAUGCUGGAGCCACCUACAUGAGAGCUAUGACCACCAUUUUCCAUGAUAUGAUCCACAAAGAAAUUGAGGUGUAUGUGGACGAUGUCAUCAUAAAAUCCCGCGAGAGUUCAAAUCACCUGACACACUUGGAAAAGUUCUUUAACAGGUUACGUAGGUAUGAUUUGAAGUUGAAUCCAGCCAAAUGUGCAUUUGGAGUGCCUGCAGGGAAGUUACUCGGAUUCAUAGUUAGCAGAAGAGGUAUCGAGCUUGAUCCUUCCAAGAUCAAGGCAAUUCAAGACUUACCUCCUCCAAAGACUAAGAAGGAAGUAAUGAGUUUUCUGGGGAGACUGAAUUACAUCAGUCGAUUCAUAGCUCAAUCGACGGUGAUAUGUGAGCCCAUAUUCAAGUUACUACGAAAAGAUGCGCCAACCAAAUGGACCGAAGAAUGUCAGAAGGCUUUUGACACCAUUAAAAGCUACCUUUCGAAUCCACCAGUGUUGGUGCCACCACGUGCAGGCAGUCCUUUGCUAUUGUAUUUAUCCGUCUCAGACAAUGCAUUCGGGUGUGUGUUGGGACAACAUGAUGAGACCGGAAGAAAGGAGAGAGCUAUAUACUAUUUGAGCAAGAAGUUCACAUCCUAUGAGGCCCGUUACACCCUUUUAGAGAGAACUUGUUGUGCUUUGACUUGGGUUGCUCAGAAAUUGAGACAUUAUCUGUCGGCUUAUACAACACAUCUCAUUUCGAGGAUGGAUCCGCUUAAGUACAUAUUUCAAAAAGCAAUGCCCAUAGGAAAGCUAGCAAAGUGGCAAAUGUUGUUGAGUGAGUUUGAUAUUGUGUACAUGACUCAGAAAGCAAUCAAGGGGCAAGCUUUAGCCGAUCACCUUGCCGAAAACCCAGUAGAUGAUGAAUAUGAACCGCUUAGAACAUAUUUCCCUGGGCAGCAUUAUCCAGCAACAGCAAAGCUUAGAUUCCGAUGCACUAAUAAUAUGGCUGAGUAUGAAGCAUGUAUUCUUGGCAUUAGAAUGGCUCUUGACAUGAAUGUUCAAGAAUUACUCAUAAUUGGUGAUUCAGACUUGUUGAUUCAUCAAGUUCAAGGAGAAUGGGCAGUGAAGAAUCCUAAAAUCUUACCAUACGUACAAUUGGUACAGAGAUUAUGCAAAAGAUUUAGGAAGACCGAGUUCAGACACACACCAAGAAUACAGAACGAGCUUGCUGACGCCCUUGCAACCAUAUCGUCCAUGAUACAACAUCCAGAAAAGAGUUAUAUCGAUCCAAUUGAGAUAGUUUUAAAAGAACAACCAGCACAUUGUUCACAUGUGGAAGCAGAAUGGGAUGGGAAUCCAUGGUAUAUCGAUGUGAAAAAAUACUUAGAGGUUGGCGAAUAUCCAGAAAAGGCAACAAGUAUUCAGAAGAAAACAAUCCGAAGAAUGAAGCCACAAAAUUGCUUGAAGAAAUGCACGCUGGAGUGUGGGACACACAUGAAUGGGCUUACAUUAGCAAAGAAAAUCUUAAGGGCGGGAUACUUCUGGAUGACUAUGGAAAAUGAUUGUGGCCGGUUUGUCCAAAAAUGUCAUAAAUGCCAGGUACACGGAGAUCUGAUCAAAGUACCACCCCACGAGCUCAAUGCGAUGAGUUCCCCUUGGCCAUUUGCAGCCUGGGGCAUGGAUGUUAUUGGACCGAUUGAGCCUGCUGCUUCCAAUGGUCAUAGGUUCAUUUUGGUCGCCAUUGAUUACUUCACAAAGUGGGUCGAAGCUGCUUCCUACAAAGCUGUGACAAAGAAAGUUGUGGCCGAUUUUGUUCGCAACAAUUUGAUAUGUCGUUUUGGAGUUCCAGAGUCUAUCAUCACAGACAAUGGAGCAAAUCUGAAUAGUCACUUGAUGAAAGAGAUAUGUGAACAAUUCAAAAUUUCCCACCGUAAUUCAACUGCAUAUCGUCCUCAGAUGAAUGGAGCUGUAGAAGCUGCUAAUAAGAAUAUCAAGAGGAUACUGAGAAAGAUGAUUGACAACUACAAAUGUUGGCAUGAAAAUUUGCCUUAUGCUUUGCUAGGCUAUCGCACCACAAUCCGAACCUCAACUGGAGCAACCCCUUACCUAUUGGUAUACGGAACAGAAGCAGUGAUACCAGCUGAAGUUGAGAUACCAUCUUUAAGGAUUAUUCAGGAAGCUGGAUUGAGCGAUGCCGAAUGGAUUCGUGACCGAUAUGAGCAAUUGACACUGAUUGAUGAGAAAAGAAUGAGUGCCGUUUGUCAUGGCCAGCUGUAUCAACAGAGAAUGACUCGUGCUUUCAAUAAGAAAGUAAGAGUUCGAACAUUUGAGGUAGGCCAAUUGGUGUUGAAACGCAUUUUCCCUCAUCAAGACGAAUACAAAGGAAAGUUUGCACCUAACUGGCAAGGACCGUAUGUUGUCCACAAAGUACUAUCAAGAGGAGCUUUGGUUCUAGCGGAGAUGGACGGUCAGGUGUGGCGCAAAGCUAUCAAUUCAGAUGCCAUUAAGAGAUACUAUAUCUCAAAUGCGAGACUCCCGUGAUCAUCAUCAGAUUUGUUUUUGAAACAUCUAACUGGGACAGAAUUUUUGAGAAGGACCUCAAAAAUUCCAUCAAGGAUACUCGGACCUUCGAAGUCAACUUCAAUCGCCUCGAAUUGA